AUGCACAAGUUCAUGAAACCUAAGGGGGUCGUGCUAGUCCUGGCUGAAUGCUAUUCCAGAUGCAAAGGGGUCAUCGUGAAGAACAUUGAUGAUGGCACCUCAGACAACAGCCAUGCUCUGGUGGCUGGAAUCGACAACUAUACCCGCAAAGUGACAGCUGCCAUGAACAAGAUGAAAAUCGCCAAGAGGUCAAACAUGAAGUAUUUUAUGAAAGUUUAUAAUUAUAAUCACCUAGUGCCCACAAGGUACUCUGUGGAUAUCCUCUUGGACGAAAUCGUUGUCAACAAGGAUGUCUUCAGAGACCCUGCUCUCAAACACAAGGCCCAACGGGACGCCAAGGUCAAGUUCGAGGAGAAACAAAAGACCAGCAAGAAUAAAUGA